CCGGUUCAUCCGAGUCGCCGCCAAGAUGGCGGCGCUGGUGCGGGGUUUGAUGCGCCGGGUCGUGGCCCUGCCGCAGGCAGUGCGGAGCGUCAGCGGUGGGGGGCAGCGCCACGAGCCCUACCGCCCCCUGCCCAUCACCUCCCCCCUGGCCGGGCUGCCCCGCAACUUUCGCGUUAGGGAGCCCCCGAAGCCUCAGAAGGUGGAUCGGUGGACGGAGAAACGGGCCUUGUUCGGGGUCUACGACAACGUGGGGAUCCUGGGCGGUUUCCAGAUCCACCCGAAGCACCUCAUCAUGGGGCCCAAGUGGCUGCGAGGCUGGCGGGGGAAUGAGCUGCAGCGGUGCAUUCGCAAGAAGCAGAUGGUGGGAGAUCGGAUGUUCAUGGACGAUUACCACAAUCUCAAAAAGAGGAUCCGGUUCUUGUACAAGCGCUUCAACCGCACUGGGAAGCACCGCUAAGAGACACUGUGGGUCUGCCAUGGGGUUUUGCGGUGUCACAGUCGGAAUAAAGCCAUCCUUCUUACAGCUUUGUUCCCAGUGCUUUCUGCAGCCUUUGCUGUGUAUUUCUGGCCCAGCCCCAAGGUCCUGCUGCUGCGCCAGACCUGAGCUCUUUGGAAGUUCAGCCGCCUUAGUCACGUCUCAUGUACUUCUCACGGUGCCAGCCUGCAUCUUUUGGCUAUUAUCUGAGAGUCUUCUAUCUGAGAGGUUUUGGCCAGGCUUCCAGCUUCCUUUCAAUCUUUAUUAGCUCCAGGUUUUCAUAUCAUACUCAGCAAUUUCAGUACAUGUCAUAUUGGAUUUUUCCUCAUAAGCCAAAUUACCAAGUUAACGAUGAGCAUGUCUCUCAGUAAUACCUCUCGGUGCUCACUACAUGCCCCCUGACCUCCACAUAUCUGUGAUUGCUGUCAAGUCUAAAGAAACAAACAUUAGCUGAAAUACAUAAAAAUGUGUUUUUAGAACAGGACUUGUCUCUAUUUCAUAGUGAUAGUGACUUAACCCUGUCUUAGUUUCAGCUGGGACAGAAUUGUUUUCUUCAGAGUGUCUGGUGCGAUGCUGUCUUUUUGAGUCUAGGAGAAAACAAAGCUGAUAACACACCCAUGUUUAUAGUCACUGUUAAGCAGUGUUGUACAGAACCAAGGCCAUUUUCAGGGAAAGACCCAAGGAGCUGGAAGGAAACAAAAUUAGGACAGCUGACUUAAACUGGCCAAAGGGAUAUUCCAUACCAUGUGACAUGAAGAACGAGUUUUGAAGGGGGUGGGAGUUCAUCUUACUCUCCCAUUACUCAGGGUGCUACUUUGGCAUUGGUCAGGGGGUGGUGAGCAAUUGCUUGUGCAUCGUUUGUUAUAUGCAUUCAUAUAUAUGUAUAUAUGUAGUCAUAACUAUUUUCCUUUAUCCUAGUAAAUAGUUGUAUCUCAACCCA